AUGCAGGGACCCGGGAAUUCCCCUAUGUUAUUGGAUAUGCUAUCGGCAAGAUCCUACCUGGAACUGUCACAAGAAGACGUAUCAACUUUGUCCAGAGAAUUAAGCCCCGAGAUCAAAGCCGAGUCAGAUCGCCAUCUAAGGCCCCGAAAGGGACCUGCAUCCCAAGCUCCGGGGAUCCCCGACCGAGUCGAUAGAAACUCGGCUGCCCCGGAUCGUCCCGUGCGGAAAAGAGGCCGACCGAGAUUGGAUACAGCCAAAGAUGCCACUGCCAUUGAGGAACGCCGUCUGCAGAUCCGACGGGCGCAACGCACCUAUCGUCUUAAAAAGGAGAAUACCAUCCAGGCUCUCAGGUCUCGCGUCAAUAUACUAGAGCAGACACUAGAGAAUGUAUCAGAUAUCCUCAGUGGAGCCCACUACAUCGACCACCCCAACGGCGAUUCGACUGUUCAGCCAAGCGUGGACUACCUCGCUCGCACACGAGAACUCAUUCUAGCUGAAAUAAAUAAGACGCGAUUUCCCUCAAACGAUGAUGAUCUCCAACUCGAGCAGACAAAUGGCACACCCGGGGACAGUAACAAAUUCGGCUACGAAGUGUCGCACACGCGACCUCAGGAGAAGAACUCCAUCGGCUCCUCUCCAUACUCCCGAUACACCCGAGCCCGCUCCCCAUCCCCAUUAAUAAACCGUAUCCUCCCAACAGCAACAAUCUACACCUACAGCCACCAAGAAUCCAACCUCUCCCGCCGCCUCCACAGAUUCAGCCUCGAGCACAUCUACCGCUGGCUAACCGACCCACGUACCGAGCCCGCCUUCUUAGGCCGCGUGUUCGGACUAGUCCCCUGCAUUCACGAUAUGCCUGGCAUAAGACGCAGUUUCCGGCGCACGCUGCAAUCCGAGAUCGGGAGCCAACUUGAAUUCAUUAAAAUGCCCUUCUACACGCUCGGCGGGGCAGGGAAGCACUUCCCGCGCGCGGACGUCGAUGGAAACCCCGUGGACCCGGAGAACAGCCGGAGACCGGGGAAGAUUCUGCGGCGGAUGGUGCGAAUUAUGCAGCGUGGCGGGAUCCAGGAUUGGGAUGAGGAUUGGAGUGGGGAGCGGGAGCCUGUUCCUGUUACUUCGGAGGGGUUGGUGGGUGAAGCGCAGGAGAAGAUGGGCGAGGAAGAGAGGAUUCGUUCGCUUGAUCUUGAUGGUGAGUGGUUUGAUUGUCAUGAUGUGCAGGGGUAUCUGGAGCAUCGAGGUCUUGUGCUUGAUGGGUCGGCAGUGAGGCUCGGCGUUCCUGAGGCUUUGGUUAAGGAUUUGUAUGGAUUUUCACCGGAUCGGUCGACUGUUUCCAGUAUCUAUGCUUCAUCAGAUGGGACCACGCCUGCUGAUCGCACGGGGUCUGAACCCUCGAGCUCGUCGUAUAGUCUGGAUGUUGAGUGUUUCUUUGACCUACUCCUCGCAAACCUUAGAAUUCUCGGCCGAGCGCCAGGGUUUCGAGUGUGGGAUGUAGAUGCCGCAUUGCGAUCAGCGAUCUCCCGUCGCCCUUUUGGCUAG